AUGUGGGAAGCAUUCAGUCAGUUCAUCGAAAAAUUCCAGAUUGCCAUCUCUCUGAACAACAUCACGAAUCCCGUUCGUCAGGCAAAACUGCUGUAUCUGGCAAUGGGUGACGAUCUACAAACCAUCGUUCGAGCGGCCGGAUUGCGACCAAGUCUCGAUGAACCCGAUUGCUACCGGAAAAUGGUCUCUAAUAUCAGCGAAUACUUCCACAGCAUGACAGACACAGCCGCCGAGCACGAGGCGUUUUCCCAAAUGAAGCAGGAUAACGGGGAAUCAACGAUGUCUUUCUAUGCACGCCUCAUGGCGAAAGUUCAACUCUGCCGAUACAGCGCAAGUGAUCAAUUACGUUUUGUGCGGUCUCAACUGCUCAAGGGCAUGACUAACCGCGAGCUCGCAAAGGCUGCGCGUACGUUUGGCCAUGAUGUGGCGUUCGUUGUGCAAUCCGCAACAAGAAGCGAGGCGUUCGAAGCAGAAUCGAUUCCUGUCGUUAACUCUGACAUAAAUAUACAAGCAGUAGCAAGAACACGAAACACUCCACAAAUUCAACGGCGACCUAGACCAUCAAACCACAGACCUAACUGGAACAGUAACUAUAACAAUAACCCUCAACCAUCCCGCAGUCACGUGCAGCCCCGGUAUAAACUCGGAAAGCGGGGACGCUGUUCCAGGUGCGACCGACCAGCACAUAAAGGAGAGGAAUGCCCAGCAAAGAGUCGAAAUUGCCAUCGAUGCGGUGCCCGCGGUCAUUUCGUCGCCACGUGUCGAAUGAAAGAGACUAACUUGGCUGAGGAAAACCGCGAAUCGAAAACCGAUUAUUAUGACAGCCAGCAAAUAAACACACUCUCAAUAAAGGACGUGCUAAUAAAAUGCAAACUUGACUCAUCCACCCCAAUAGAAUUUCUAAUCGACUCCGGAGCCGAUGCCAAUGUAAUCGGAGGCCAAGAUUGGGACCAGUUACAACAAGACGCUAGGGAAGGCCUGGUAAUGAUUAGGGAAGUCAAGCUACCAGACUCUUCAAUAUUGCGGGCAUACGCAACUGACCAGCCUAUGAAGAUUGAGUGCGUAUUCAAAGUAAAGAUAGAGGUAGUGGGAGCUAGUAAGCCUCCUAUUCUUGCAGAAUUCUUGGUAGUCCCACGAGGUCGUCGAUCCCUGCUUGGUCGAGGGACAGCUAGUGACAUGGGACUUUUAAAAGUCGGGUUAUUGAUCAAUAGCUUUACGAGAACCGAGGAGCUCGCCGUUUUCCCAAAAAUGCCUGGCGUAAGGGUUAGAUUCAGCAUCGAUGAAACCGUCCAACCCGAGAAAAAUGCCUAUUAUAAUGUACCCGCCGCAUACAGGGAAGGAGCAAAGCAAAGACUGCAAGAAAUGGAGAAAAGAGGUAUUAUAGAAAAGGUUACCUCCGCACCUGAAUGGAUAAGCGGCAUGUCCGCUGUUUCUAAGGGAAAAGAUGAUUUUCGCCUCGUUGUAAACAUGCGCGCUCCUAAUAAAGCCAUAAAGCGAGAAUACUAUCGGUUACCUCUAAUCCAAGAGAUGAAAACCAAACUCCACGGAGCGAAAUACUUUUCGAAGCUAGACCUAACAAGCGCGUUCUACCAUUUGGAAUUAGCGAAAGAAUCUAGAGAUCUAACCACUUUUCUUACAGAAAAUGGCAUGUUUCGCUUUACAAGGCUAAUGUUCGGGGUCAAUUGCGCCCCUGAAAUUUUUCAAAGAGAAAUGAGCCGAAUCCUAAAAGACAUAGACAACGUCAUCGUCUACAUAGACGAUAUCCUGAUUUUCGGAAAAACUAUCGAAGAACUACGGAAAACUGUGGCUAAAGUACUACAGGUUUUAAGAGCCAAUAAUCUAACCCUGAACAUUGAAAAGUGUGAAUUCGACAAGGACCACAUAAAGUUCUUGGGCCAUGAGCUCGAUCAGCGUGGAUUCCAUAUUGACGAAGCUAAGGUUAAACACAUCCAGAAAUUCCGUGAACCUUCAACUUCUUCCGAGCUUCGAAGCUUUUUAGGAUUAGCCUCCUUCGUCAGUCCAUAUAUUAGCAAUUUCGCAGACGUAACGAGUCCAUUAGCUCUCACUCGAGCUGACGGUUGGGCUCUGAGGCUCAGCCCAUACAGCUACACGGUAGAGUAUGUAGAAGGUAAAUUCAAUAUAGCUGAUCCCUCAUCUCGACUUUACGCUGGCAAAGACGAAGCAUUCGACGAAGCGGAAAGCCCCUGGGAGAUUGCAAAAAUAGAAGCUAAUAAAGCUGGGUUCUUGACUGAAGAACAUAUAAAACAGGCGACUUCAGAGGACGCUACACUAUCCCAAGUUAUGACAGCAAUAGAAUCUGGAGAUUGGCCCACGCAGUUGCGUCGAUUCGAGAUGGUCGCAGAUCAACUUUACGUAAAGAAUGGUAUCCUCGUCAAACAAGGGUGUGCUGUAAUUCCAAAAGCACUGCAACGAGAAACCUUGGAAAUAGCUCAUAAGGGCCACCCGAUGUCAGCGAAACUUAAGAGCAUCCUUCGAGAACGGGUUUGGUGGCCAGGAUUACCCAAGGAUGCAGAAGACUGGGUAAAAUCCUGCGAGGUUUGCGCUACGAAUGGAAGACCAGAGAGAGUCCCACCAAUGGAACGCAUUAUGGCUCCCAGAACAAUCUGGGAAACGAUAGCUUUGGAUUUCAAUGGACCAUAUGCUAGAUUCGGGGGAAUCCAUGUGCUAGUUGUAGUGGAUUAUCGCUCAAGGUUCGUUAUCGCUCGCCCUGUGAAGACAACCAACUUCGAUAGCACUCGCAAAAUAUUAGAAGAUAUCUUCCAUAAGGAAGGGUUUCCAGCAACUAUUAAAACGGACAAUGGCCCACCUUUCAAUGGCGAAGAAUUCAGUAGAUAUUGCUACGAGCGUGGAAUAAAGAACAUUUUCUCUACCCCCCUGUUCCCGCAACAAAAUGGUCUGGUAGAAAACUGCAUGAAAUUGAUCAAUAAAGCAAUGUCUAUAGCCGCAUCACUUGGUAAAAGCUAUGAAGAUGAACUGCAAUCAGCGAUUAGAUCUCAUAAUUCAGCCUGCCAUUCAAUCACUAAAGUCCCCCCAGAGGAAAUGAUGUAUGGACGAAAAAUAAGACGGGAACUACCUCUAAUAAACCCGGGAAAGACACACCAUAACGAUGAUAUUAUCAACGCAAGAGACCAAAAGGCUAAGUUAAGUGGAAAACUGAGCGAAGAUCGACGACGUGGCGCUCGGAUCUGCAAAAUACUACCAGGAGAUACUGUGAUUGUUGAGCGUCAAGCACGUACGAAAGGAGACAGCAGGUUCGAUCCGAAGCGAUAUACCGUUACGGAGGAAAGGAAGGGAAACCUCGUACUUACAGGAAACGACGGGCAACAGCUCAAACGACACGUGUCCCAAACAAAAAAGUUCACGAAUGGAGAACGCCGAAUCGAGGUGCGUACGACGACCUAA